AUGAGUUUAAUUGAAAUUGCCGAUGUCACAGUAGAAUACCACAAAGGUCUGCCAAAAAUAACAGUCCCGUUGCCGAGCAGAAAAGAAAAAUGCAGCUUCACGUUGAAACCGAUCUCAAAUACGGUGGGUGAUUUUUUAGAAAUGCUAAAGAAAGAAGACCGAGGCAUCGACAGGGUAGUGUGCAAAACGAAAGAUGGUACACGGAUAGCGUCUUCCAAUACGAUAGAAACCUUAUUAGAUGAUGAUUUUAAACUAAUUAUAAACGAUAAUUCUUAUAAUGUUAAUACUCCUAAAGCUGAAAGACUGACCGGUGAAGAAAUUCAAAGGCUUAACGAUGUAAAAAAUUUAGUAAACAAACUAUACGAAGCGUUACACGUCCAAGAGCACCAACUGACGAAAGAAAAGGAGCUUCUGAUGGAAUUAGAAACUUUGCAACAAGAGGUCCAGCCUUUGGAAAACGUAAGUCUAAUUUCUCUUUUCGAAAAAUAG